AGUGAAACCCAACCCAACACAACACAACACAACACUACACUACCCACUCAGCUCAAAAUUCAACCCUUCUUCUUCUUCCACUUCUCCCUACUUUUCUUUCUCUGCUUUCCUUUUCUUCUUCUUACUCCUACUCUCUCUUCUUCACUCCUUCAGAUUCAGAGUGCAAGAAAGAAAGAAAGACAGAGAGAGAUGGGUGUGAGUGUGAUGAAUCUGAGUGUUUUCUUCCUAAAAUGAGCAAAAGACCAGUGACCCUCUUCUUCACUGAAGAAGAUGGCAAUCCAUCAACAUCAUCACAACAAUGUCAUUGACCAGCUAGAACAAAAUGAAAAUGUUUCUUCUGUCUUGGAUGCUCUUUACUGUGAUGAAGAAAAAUGGGAGGAAGAGGAAGUAGAACAAGUGGUUGGAGAGUUAUCUGAAGAAGAAACAAGUGAUGUGACAACAAACAAUGACCCUAACAACACUUGUUCUCUGUUUCCCCUGCUUUUGUUGGAGCAAGACUUGUUCUGGGAAGAUGAAGAACUCAACUCUCUCUUCUCCAAAGAGAAGAUCCAACACCAAAACUAUUAUAAUGAUGUGAACUCGGACCCUUUUCUCUCUCAGCCUCGUCAUGAGGCAGUGAAAUGGAUGCUUAAAGUCAAUGCUCAUUAUGGAUUCUCUGCUCUCACUGCAACACUUGCUGUUACCUACUUUGAUAACUUCCUUUUGAGCUUCCAUUUUCAAAGUGAGAAGCCAUGGAUGAUCCAGCUUGCUGCUGUUACUUGCAUCUCUUUGGCAGCUAAAGUUGAAGAAACCCAAGUGCCACUUCUCUUAGACCUUCAAGUGCAAGAUGCUAAGUUUGUGUUUGAGGCAAAGACCAUUCUGAAAAUGGAGCUUCUGGUUCUGUCCACACUCAAAUGGAAGAUGCAUCCUGUGACUCCACUUUCAUUUCUGGAUCACAUUAUCAGAAGGCUUGGAUUGAAAACACACCUUCAUUGGGAGUUUCUCAGGCGCUGUGAGCAUCUUCUUUUGUCUGUGCUUUUAGAUUCAAGAUUUGUUGGUGUUCUUCCUUCUGUGUUGGCCACUGCAACAAUGCUGCAUGUUAUAGACCAGAUUGAGAAGAGUGAUGGGGUGGAAUACAAAAAGCAGCUUCUGGGUGUUCUCAAAAUUAACAAGGGGAAAGUAGAUGAAUGCUAUGAUGCCAUGCUUGAGCUUACAAAUGCCAAUGAUUAUGAUGAUAACAAGAAGCUUAAUAAGCGCAAGUAUGAGGAAAUAAUCCCUGGUAGCCCAAGUGGCGUCAUUGAUGCUGCAUUUAACUCUGAUGGUUCCAACGAUUCGUGGACAGUGGGGUCAUCAUUGUUUUCAUCCUCAGGCCCAGAGUCUCCUCUGUUCAAGAAAAGCAGAACCCAAAUGAAAUUGUCACCACUUAACAGGGUCAUUGUUGGAAUUGUUAGCACUUCACCUUGAUCUGAAACUCUCUGCAUUCCCUUUCUAUUUCCUUCUCAUGAGAAAGAACCAUAAAAAUUACCCCAAAAAAGAUCUAAUGUUUAUUUACUAUGGUUAUUAUCAUUAGUCUUUCCCUUCAUGUUGCUGAGCUAGUAUUGCCUUCCUUUCUAUCUCUUCAUUUCCAACAAUGUCCAGCAUUCUUGAAGAGGUAAUGAAGGAAUGGUUUCUGAGGGAAGAAGAGGAGGAGGACAAAGUUGGCAAUGAAGUGAAGACUAUCAGCAAGCACUCUAUAAGAUGUUUAAGGCACUUUUUAUUUAAUUUUAUUCAAUGGAUCUCUUCUAGACCAUACCAAAUUUGGACAUAUUUAUAUCAUGUUUCUAUAAUAAAUUGGGAACAAUUUUGUUCAUAUGUUAUAUGCUUUUAUUUA